ACACACCAGCCGACGUGCAAAGCAGUUUGAGGUGGAGAAGUGAGAACCGAUCACGAAGAGCGCGCAAGACGAUGGGUGCAGAGUCAAGCAGCACCAGGAGAGGGCAAAGUUCGAGGACCAGCUGGCAAGAAGGCGAUACGACACCAACUUGCACAGCAGCGCCACAUCCAAGAGGAGAACUUGCGUAAACAAGAAGAGUCUGUCAAGAAACAAGAGGCCAUGAGGAGAGCCACCAUAGAGUAUGAGAGUGAACUCAGACACAAGAACGAGAUGGCCAGAGUCCAGGCAGAGAUCAGUGGCAAGACUCGUAUGGAGAGAGAGAACCAGGACCUGGCUCUGGAGCAGAUCAGAGUGAAGGCUGCAGAGUACAGGACCACUGUCCUGGAGAGCAUCAGGUCUCCUCCCCCUUCUCUACGUCUCACUCUACCUUCUACCCUUAGACCUACUCUUCUUUCUCUAUCUACUACUAUAUACCACCCUCCCCUUAUCGUAGUCUCAUCUCAAGUGUUGCCAACCAAAAAACAAGAAAAAUGGAGCUUUAUGUCACUAUUGCAUCAUAGUAACUGUAUAAGGCAAAGCAAAUGAAAGGCAAACAGUUGAACUUACUACACGUAGAAAAAUAGAUGACCUGGGUGGAUUCGAACCCACGACUAAGCGAUCGCUCUGCCAGGGCAGCAGGAUCUCUCAUUGGUCAGGGGGUGUCCAAUUUCAUCACUGAUUGGGACAAAGUCUCUGCCACUGCUGCGGGGAUCACUCUGAUAGCUGUUGGUGUGUACGCAGCCAAGAUGGGGACAGGAGUUGCUGCUCGUUACGUGGAGGCCAGAUUGGGGAAACCCUCGCUAAUUAGGGAGACAUCUCGUCUCUCUUUCUUCCAGGGGUUAAGACGUCCUGUCAAGGCUGUAAGGAGAGUGUUCAGUAGACCUUCGGACCCUCUGGCUGGCAUUGUCUUCCAGCCAGUGUUUGAAGACAAGCUGAGAGCCCUGGCCAGAGCCACUAUAAACACACGUACCAAUGGAGGAGUCUAUCGCAACGUCCUCAUGUAUGGUCCUCCUGGUACCGGGAAGACCAUGUUCGCCAAGAGUCUGGCCCACCACUCGGGGAUGGACUAUGCCAUUCUGACUGGAGGCGACAUAGUUCCUCUCGGGAAAGACGGAGUCACUGCCAUGCACAAGGUCUUUGACUGGGCCUCGGCUAGCAGGAAGGGAGUGGUACUGUUUGUGGAUGAAGCUGAUGCGUUCCUCAGGAAAAGAAGCAAGGUGGCUAUUAGUGAAGACUUGAGAAGCACUCUCAAUGCAUUUCUCUAUCGCACCGGAGAGGCCUCCAGAAGGUUCAUGUUGGUCCUGGCUAGUAACCAGCCAGACCAGUUUGACUGGGCCGUCAACGACAGACUGGAUGACCUAGUGAGGUUCUCCAAGCCCGGGCAGCCCGAGAGACUCCGCAUGUUGAAACUCUACUUCAGUCUCUACAUACUGGACCCUCCCAGAGUGGCCUGGUGGAAAAGACCAAGGCACAUCCCGCUACCUCCUGAUGUGGACUGGGAGGAGAAACUGACAGAGAUAUCCAGGAGAAUUGAAGGAUUCUCCGGGAGAGAAAUAUCCAAACUGGUGAUCGCCUGGCAGGCCGAUGCGUAUGGUUCUACGGAGGGACGACUGGACGAGACUAUGAUGGACAGAUGUGUGGGAGAAAUGUUGGAGCAACACUCUCAGAAACAGGUCUGGGACAAGGGAACGUUAGACCAAUCUUAGAGUUGUAAAUAUCAUAUUAUCACUUCACUCAAAGAAAAUUAUACAGGUAUUGUUGUCUCAGUAUUAUGGGAGUGUUAAUUUAUACAGUUGCAUAAUUAUUUGACAAGCGCUGAAAGAAAUUGCGAGUUAUAUAACAUUGGCAUAGAUAUGUGAUUCCACAUGCCUCCAUUGUUUGAUGGAUUCAUUUUAUAUUUGGGGUUGUGUUUGCACCAAUAACCCAUAACCUGGCAAUAGUGUCUUACACUACUGUGCAAAUAAAUUUCGCAUUGCACCCUAGAGUUUGGAUUGACAUUUCUCCGCGAGUUGCAGGUUCAUUGACACCAUCUGUGCAACGUCGGUGGCACACCCCCAGCUGAAGGUAAAGCCAUGCCCACCGUGGCCGUAAUUGUGAAUCAACAGGGAUUCACCCCCAAUUUCCUCGUCAAUUUCAACUC